CGCGCCCCCUGGUUCUCCUCCCGUGUCCGGCGGUCUGCCUGCGGGCUGCUGCUGACAGAUAGCGGGCGCUGAGCUCGGGGCGCCGUUCUGAGCUGCUGCUUCCCCCCUCCCAUCCCCCGCAGUCACUGGCCUCUAGGAUGGAGAUGAAGGCGCAGUUCCCCGGGCGCCCCGGUGCGCCUCAACUUUCCCAGUGCUGGCUCACCCUCCUGGGUAGCGAACCCGACCGCGUCCCACCCAAGGUCGUGCAGCCUCUCUAGCGUUUACUUUUCAAAGGUCGUGUGUACCUAGUUUGAGCGUGGAGAGGAGGCAGCAGGGCUGCCCUGUCCAGGACCCAGUGCCCACGGCGAGAGAAGAGGUCCUUGGGGACCCCUUCCCUGGCCGAGGGUUCGAAGUUGGAAUUGGUCACUUUCAGAGCUUCGCCUAACUUCUGGGCCCGGUUGACUCGCUCUGGGUUGGCCGGGUAGUGAUGGCAAACCGGAUCAGGUCCUCCUCGUUUGGAUGCCCUUUCAGUUCUUAGUAGUAAACGUUCUGUUCCCUGUCCUGUAUGCUGGCCGCUUGUGUUCGCUCAGCCUUGUCAUCAGAGCCCAUUUGUGUCAGGAGCAGAGCAAGGCAACGAGGCAUAGCUACCUCACCUCGCCGCCAAGAUGGCAAUCCAGUUCCGCUCACUCUUUCCCUUGGCGCUGCCUGGAAUGCUAGCGCUCCUUGGCUGGUGGUGGUUUUUCUCUCGUAAAAAAGACCAACUCAGCAGUAAUGAAAAGGAGGUGGAGACACUGAAGGUUGGCCCUCACAUCAAGGGCCGGCUCCCCAGUGAAGAGGCCUGUCCUGUUGUCCUAUCUGUGCCCCCCAGUGUCACACAGCCUCCAGAGAAGGAACAACUCUCCGUGGGCAGGCCGUCUACAGAACCCCCAGCCUUGCCAAGGACACGCCAGGUCCGCCGAAGAUCAGAAUCCUCAGGCAGCCUCCCCAGCAACAUAGACACAAGGUCGCAGCCAGGACUGCGCAGAGAUGACAACUCAAAGGUGGAACUCUCCCUGAUGGGGGAUGAAGCCAAAUCUGUUCCUCUUGGAUGCCCCUUCCUUCCAAAGGACGUGCCCUUCCCCUGUGAAGCAGUGGGAGGGUGCAAGCAAGAGUCUGCACUGGGCAAAACUCCUGGAAGGGGCAGGCUCAGCCAGUGUGCAGCCUCUGGAGAGAAAGCAAGAGAGACAGGCAGGGCAGAGGGGACUGGAGAUGCUGUGCUGGGGGAAAGUGAACCUGAGGAAGGCCUGCUGUCCCAGGAGUGUGUCUCAGAAGUGGAGAAAAGUGAGGUUCCAAGCCAGGCCUGGGGAGGUGAGGGAGAGAAGGUGAGCAGUGCUCCCCGACAGAUGGCUGAGCUUGCAAAGGAAGAAGAGUAUGUUGGAAAGUUGCCAAGUAGCUUUGUGGCGCCGGUUCACUCAGAGCUGGUUAAGGAUGAAGAGGUGUUGGUACCUCAGGUCAGAGGUAGCAAUACUUGGGACAGAGACCUGGCUGGAGAGCUAGACAAAGAUGAGACCUUGCCUAAAAAUGAUCAGAUUGAGCAGGCUGCUUUCCAGAUCGUCUCCCAGGUGAUCUUGGAAGCAACUGAAGAGAUGCGGGCCACCACAGUGGGCAAGACUGUGGCACAAGUGCAUCCAACCUCGGCCACUCAGCCUCAGAGGCAGGAGGAGAGCUGUGUCCCAGACAGUCAGGGAACUGGCGUGGGACAAGACCCCCCAGAUCCUGCUUCCACCAUAACAGGUGCCACUGCCAGCCCAUCAGCAGAAGCCCUGCCACCAAAGACCUAUGUGAGCUGUCUCAGCAGCCCUCUGUCAGGCCCCACCAAGGACCAGAAGCCAAAGAACUCUGCACACCAUAUCUCCCUGGCCCCAUGCCCACCACCAGUUACCCUCCAGGGACAGUCUGUGGAUGGGACAAAUGACCUGGAAGGAGAUGACACCUUUGUCACCUGCACGUCCAACAACGGCCAGAGUGUCCUUUCAGUGACCUCCUUAGGGCAAGGCUCAGAUUCUGUCAGUACUUCGGGCUUUGAAGACUCUGGCACAGAGACCAUCUCAAGCCCCGGAGACAAGGCUAUCACCCUGCCACUGCCAGACAGUACUGAGCCUUUUAGCAAUGGGGUGCUGAAGGAGGAGUUGUCAGACUUGGGGACCGACGAUGGAUGGACCAUGGAUGCAGAAGCAGAUCACUCAGGAGGUUCUGACGGGAACAGCAUGGAUUCAGCGGAUAGCUGUUGUGGGCUUACCAAACCAGAUAGCCCCCAGAAUGUCCAGGUAGAUCCCAACCCUAAGAAGGUCGACCUCAUCAUCUGGGAGAUCGAGGUGCCUAAGCAUUUAGUUGGUCGCCUGAUUGGCAAGCAGGGCAGGUACGUGAGUUUUCUGAAGCAGACAUCCGGUGCCAAGAUCUACAUCUCCACCCUGCCUUAUACACAGAACAUCCAGAUCUGCCACAUAGAAGGCUCUCAGCACCAUGUAGACAAAGCUCUGAACUUGAUUGGGAAGAAGUUUAAGGAACUGAACCUCACCAACAUCUACGCGCCACCACUGCCUUCCCUGGCGUUGCCUUCCCUGCCGAUGACGUCUUGGCUCAUGCUGCCUGACGGUAUCACUGUGGAAGUCAUCGUGGUCAACCAGGUCAACGCUGGGCACCUGUUUGUACAGCAACACACACACCCCACCUUCCAUGCGCUGCGCAGCCUGGACCAGCAGAUGUACCUCUGUUACUCUCAGCCUGGAAUCCCUACCUUGCCCACCCCGGUGGAAAUAACGGUUAUCUGCGCUGCCCCUGGUGCGGACGGGGCCUGGUGGCGAGCCCAAGUAGUGGCCUCCUAUGAGGAGACCAAUGAGGUGGAGAUUCGCUACGUGGACUAUGGUGGAUAUAAGAGGGUGAAAGUCGACGUGCUCCGGCAAAUUAGGUCUGACUUUGUGACCCUGCCAUUCCAAGGAGCAGAAGUCCUCCUGGACAGCGUGGUUCCUCUGUCAGAUGAUGACCACUUUUCACCUGAGGCGGACGCAGCCAUGAGUGAGAUGACAGGCAACACAGCACUGCUGGCCCAGGUGACAAGCUACAGUGCAACUGGCCUUCCUUUGAUUCAGCUGUGGAGUGUGGCUGGUGAUGAAGUGGUGUUGAUAAACCGGUCGCUGGUGGAGCGAGGCCUUGCACAGUGGGUGGACAGCUACUAUGCCAGCCUUUGACCUCGGCCCCCUGAGCUGUUUCAGUCUUUUUUGCACUGUUGAGGUUUGGCUUGGCACUCAGGACAGAGAUUUAACAACAGAGUAACAAACGUUGUUCUCUCGAGUCUUCUUUCCCCCAUUCUGUAGUCCUGUGCGGAAGGCGAUUCCUCUCCGAGGAGGAGCUUCGAGGUGGAGCUACGUGUUCCAUUCAGAACCUUAGGACGGCGUUUCAGCAGCCAGCUGGUGU